UCCCCUUCAACUCUUUAACUGAAGAAAACUCAAACCCAAAACCCACUAUGGCGAUAGAGUUGGAAGGUUGGGUUUCAACCGCAGCCGCAUGGUUUGCAACCUUCGCCGUGCUCCUCCUCCUCAGCCGCCGCGUCAUCCGCCGCCGAUACAAACUCCCACCUGGCCCAAAACCAUGGCCCAUCAUAGGAAACCUCAACCUCAUUGGAUCCCUCCCACACCGGUCCAUCCAUUCUCUCUGCCAAAAAUACGGGCCUAUCAUGCAUGUCUGGUUCGGGUCCCACCCCGUUGUUGUGGGCUCCUCCGUGGAAAUGGCCAGAGCCUUUCUCAAAACCCACGACGCCGUCCUCGCCGGCAGGCCCAAAUUCUCGGCGGGUAAAUACACAACCUACAACUAUUCAGACAUAACUUGGUCCCAGUACGGGCCAUACUGGCGCCAGGCUCGUAGAAUGUGCCUAAUGGAAUUGUUCAGUGCGAAGAGGCUCGAAGAAUAUGAGUACAUUAGAAAGCAAGAGCUACGUGCUCUUCUCAACGAACUCUUCCAUUCAACAAACAAAACCAUUUUGUUGAAAGACCAUCUUUCAACACUAAGUCUCAACGUUAUAAGCCGCAUGGUGUUGGGGAAAAAGUAUUUAGAAGAAACUGAAAACGCGUUUAUUUCCCCCGACGAGUUCAAGAAAAUGCUUGAUGAGUUGUUUUUGCUUAAUGGGGUCCUCAACAUUGGGGACUUCAUUCCUUGGAUUCACUUCUUGGACUUGCAAGGUUACGUGAAAAGAAUGAAGGCUCUGAGCAAAAAAUUUGAUAGGUUUAUGGAACACGUGUUGGAUGAACACAUUGAGAGAAAAGAAAGGGUGAAAGAUUAUGUGGCUAAGGAUAUGGUUGAUGUGCUCUUGCAGCUUGCCGAGGAUCCUUCUCUUGAGGUCAAGCUUGAGAGGCAUGGAGUCAAAGCGUUCACUCAGGACCUAAUAGCAGGUGGGACAGAGAGCUCAGCUGUAACUGUAGAAUGGACAAUCACUGAGCUAUUGAGAAGGCCAGAGUUAUUCAAGAAGGCAACAGAGGAGUUAGACAGGGUAAUAGGGAGAGAAAGAUGGGUUGAAGAGAAGGACAUUGUGAACUUACCUUAUAUUAAUGCAAUUGCUAAGGAAGCAAUGAGGCUACACCCUGUCGCACCAUUGUUAGUGCCAAGGUUGGCUCGUGAGGAUUGCCAUAUUGAUGGCUAUGAUAUCCCAAAAGGGACUCAAGUGCUUGUCAAUAUUUGGACUAUUGGUAGAGAUCCUUCAAUUUGGGACGAACCAAAUGAAUUUCGACCAGAGAGGUUUAUAGGUAAGGAGAUAGAUGUUAAAGGGCAUGACUAUGAGCUAUUGCCAUUUGGUGCUGGUAGAAGGAUGUGUCCUGGGUACCCUCUUGGUCUUAAGGUCAUUCAGGCAAGUUUGGCUAACCUAUUGCAUGGCUUUAAUUGGAGACUCCCCAAUGGCAUAAAGAAUAAGGACAUAAAUAUGGAUGAGAUCUUUGGGUUGUCUACACCUAAGAAAAUACCUCUAGAAGCAGUUGUUGAGCCUAGACUUCCACACCAUCUUUAUUCCCUUUGAACAGUGCCUCUAUCCAAAGGGUUUCUCUCUCUCAAGUUAUGGG